AUGUCUACCACCAUGACCACCAUCGUCAACACGCUCUCUUCUCUCGCCACCCUCCUGUACAUGACCCUCGUCUGGCUGGGCGUCGCCGCUCUCGACGCUCUCUUCCUGGCCUGUGACGGCGGCUCUCCCUCGCCCGACCAUCAAUCCGAGAACGGCACCGGCGAUUUCAAGGACAACAACGGCGAACCGCCUUCACCUAUUCUUUCCGACGACGUUACCUUGGUAGGCACUCCGAUCUGCGAGGUGGCGUCGAGGUUCGGUGACAUCUCCGAGACGGAAGGCGACAGGACAACAGUACACACCCUAGGGCUCGGCAUCGACACGUUCGGGCUCGGUGUGGAUACACUGCUCCAGAAGGGGUCGACCAUAACCAGGAGCACGAAGGUUUCUGUUAGCUCUCAGACGGAGGAGACUGCCGCGGAGGCGGACGACGAGGUCGCUUCAAACCUACGGGCUACGAUCGUCGCUCUGAAAACCACUAUCGCCCGGCUCACGGAUGACCUUAAAUCUCGGGACACGCUCAUCGACCUGCUCAAUACCGAGGCGACUUUUAUGGACGAGUGUCUCGCUGAGCAACGGGCUGAGGUCUACGGGCUUCAAGCAGCUAGGGACGCCGACGCGGCGUGUAUCGUGGAGCUAGAAAUUGAAGCGAACACGAUGCGCACGUUUAUCAACGAGCAGCGGAUCGAGUUGGAGGGUCUUCGCGCAUCUAAGGCCGCCGACGCUGCACGGGUAUCCGAGCUGGAAACCAACACCAACAUCGCAAACAUUUCUCUCGCCGACCAGCGAGCCGAGCUAGACGUACUCCGCGCUUCCAAGGUCGCUGACGUCGCACGCGUCGCUCAGCUAGAGGCAGACGCGAACACCAUGGAGGGCCGCAUCGAACUUCAGCAGACCGAGCUCGAGGAUCUCAAGGCUUCGAAGGCCGCGGACGCGGACGCGAUUGCUCGGCUCUCGGGCGAGGUCAAGACUCGCGACGCGCGGAUCGCGCAUCUCAGCACGGACGCGGCAAUCAUGGACCACUGCAUUGCCGAGUUGCGCUCCGAGUGCGAGGAGUUUAGGACGUCAAAGGCUGCGGACGAGGCGCGGAUCGCGAAGCUCGACGUCGAUGCGGAUAUCAUGGACGCGUGUAUCGAGGACCAGCGCGAGGAAAUCAACAAAGUCAAGAACACGACUCGCCGACGGGCGUCUGAGUCCGUGAUCGUACGAGGCCAGCGCGAUGAGGCAGAAGCCAAGGUCCACCGGCGCUGUCAGUCGUCGAACGUCAAUACCGUUGCCGCUUCCUCAAACGCAAACGCAGUCCUCUCCCCCGCCGCACUCCGCCUCUCCCAUCUCACAGUCAACCUCGCGCUCGCCCAUCGGGACAACCACCGCUGGGCAGACGCCUACACGCGGCUCUUAGCCGAGUGCGUCACCACCGCGCAGGAGAAAGCCCUGCUCGAGACGGACGUGCGCAUCUUCGAGGCGCAGAUCGGGCGGCAGUCGACGGCCGCUGCGAACCUGCGCACGCGCACGCGGGAGGCCGAGCGCGCGCUCGCGCAGCGCAAGGGCGAGCUCGAGCGGUGCGUGAGGCGGCUGGGGAACGAUCGGGGCGCGCGCAAUAUGCGGGCGCAGAGGGCGGACAGUGCGGCGGUGCAGGAUGCGCUGAGGGGCGAGAUUAGGGAGUUGAGGGCGUGUUUGGGGAUGGCAGCUAACAGGGUGGACAGUAGUGUUGCUGCUGCCGGUGCCGACGCUGUUGCUGGUAAGCAGUCUGAGGCGCCGGGGGUGGCGACGGAUGGGGACGAGGCGCCGGCUGGAAACGAGGCGAUCGUGGUUCAGUCACAGGACAAGGUGACGGCCAAGGAUUGCGGUUGGAAGCCGUUCAGAUCCUCCCCUCUCUGUCUUUGA